AUGAGGAAAGUUGCCUAUGUUUUGAACACUGAUAUUCCAGUGGUACCUAAAGAUGUUGAGAAGGAAGUGAAGGAUAAAAUGACUAUGGAAUUAGCUCUCUGGAAUGAAAAUAAUUAUCUAUGCAAGAAUUUCAUUCUGAAUGGGUUAGCUGAUGAUCUCUAUGAUUAUUAUAGCCCAUAUAAGUCUGCCAAAUUAGUUUGGCUGGUUCUAGAAAAGAAUUAUGAUACUGAGGAAGUUGGAACUAAAAAGUAUGUUGUUAGCCACUACCUCAAGUAUCAAACGACUGAUGAUAAAUCAGUAGAGUCUCAAUCCUAUGAGAUACAGAAAAUUGCUCAUGAUAUCAUAUCAGAGGGUAUGGCUUUGGAUGAGCAAUUUCAGGUUGUUGUCAUCAUAGACAAGCUGCCUCUUGGCUGGAAGGAUUUCAAAAACCUUCUCAGACACAAGACCAAAAUAUUCUCUUUGGAGUCUCUGAUCACAUGUCUGCGCAUUGAGGAAGAGGCACGCAGACAGGAUCAGAAAGAUGAAGUGUUGGCUGUGUCUCACAACAACACUAAAAGGAAGAACAUAGCUGCUCCCCAGGCUAACAUGACUCAAGAGCCAUACAUAGUUGUGAUACCUGAGAUCAAUAUGAUUGGAGGAUCAGAUGAAUGA